CAUUUUUCAACCUCUCUCACUUUCUUUCUCCUCCAGACUCCAAAGGUUCUUUCGCUCGCGCAGUCGCGGUUUAGGAUCAAUAGAAGCCGCCGGAAAGAAGAGAGUUGCGCGGCAAGGUAGUAGACCAUUUCCGCCGGCAAAUGAACAGAAAAGCGUCUUUUAUCAAUACCCUAAACCUCCAGAGUUAGACCCUCUGGUAUGGCUUUAUCCUACAGACUUUCCAAGACAUUCAAAUCACAAGCCUUGCUUCCAUCAUUAUACCCAUUUCCUUCUGGAUCCGGAACCAACUCAAUUGAGCUAAUAUGGGUCCGCCGCCAUCUUUUGGGUUAUCGUUUUCGCCAUUUUACCAGAGAAGAAGACGUGGACUUGAACCAGUAUCCGCCUGAAAGAAUUCGGAAUUUUUCCAUUAUCGCUCAUGUUGAUCAUGGGAAGUCGACUCUCGCAGACCGUCUUUUGGAACUAACUGGUACUAUAAGAAAAGGGCAUGGCCAGCCUCAAUACUUGGACAAAUUGCAGGUAGAAAGGGAAAGGGGAAUAACUGUCAAAGCCCAGACAGCAACCAUGUUCUACAAGUAUAAACCCCAGAACAGUGAUGCAUCAGAACACAGUUAUUUGCUGAACUUAGUAGACACACCUGGCCAUGUGGAUUUCAGCUAUGAAGUAUCAAGAUCUUUAGCUGCUUGUGAAGGUGUCCUUCUGGUUGUUGAUGCUGCACAGGGUGUUCAAGCACAGACCGUGGCUAACUUUUAUCUUGCUUUUGAAGCAAAUCUAACAGUAAUCCCUGUAAUAAACAAAAUUGACCAGCCAACUGCUGAUCCAGACCGUAUUAAAGAUCAGUUGAAAUCUAUGUUUGAUUUGGACCCAGCUUCCGCCCUUUUAACAUCUGCCAAGACUGGUCAAGGACUUGAGACGGUUCUUCCUGCUGUCAUAGAACGGAUCCCUCCUCCUUGUGGGAAGUCUAGUCUUCCAUUACGUAUGCUAUUACUCGACUCUUAUUAUGAUGAAUACAAGGGAGUCAUUUGCCAUGUGGCAGUUGUUGAUGGAAUUUUGCAAAAGGGGGAUGAUAUUACAUUUGCAGCAAGUGGUAAUACCUAUGAAGCUUCAGAGAUGGGGAUCAUGCACCCCGAGCUUACACCAACAGGGAUUCUAUUAACAGGGCAAGUGGGGUAUGUUGUAACCGGUAUGCGAUCAACCAAAGAGGCUCGUGUGGGUGAUACUGUUUACCGGAAGCGCUUCAUUGUCGAUCCCCUUCCUGGUUUCAAGCCUGCAAAGCACAUGGUAUUUUCUGGUGUUUACCCAGCUGAUGGAUCAGACUUUGAGGAUCUUAACCUGGCUAUAGAGAGACUAACAUGCAACGAUGCCAGCGUCCAAGUGAAUAGAGAAAGCAGUAUUGCACUUGGUCUUGGUUUUAGGUGUGGUUUCUUAGGCUUGCUUCACAUGGAUGUUUUUCAUCAGCGCCUUGAACAGGAGCAUGGAGUUCACGUCAUUUCAACUGUUCCCACUGUACCAUAUAUCUUUGAAUAUUCAGAUGGAACCAAACUAGAAGUCCAAAAUCCUGCUAUGUUACCAUCAAACCCUAAAUACCGCGUGGUAUCUACUUGGGAGCCAACUGUCAGAGCGACGAUUAUUCUUCCUAGUGAGUAUGUGGGUCCUGUUAUUACACUCUGCUCUGAGCGAAGAGGCCAGCAGCUUGAGUAUUCAUUUAUUGAUAGUCAACGAACACUCAUGAAGUACCGGAUACCUUUGAGAGAGAUUGUUGUGGAUUUCUACAAUGAACUGAAAAGUAUAACAUCUGGCUACGCAACGUUUGAUUACGAGGAUGACGAAUAUCAAGUCUCUGAUUUGGUGAAACUGGAUAUCCUGUUGAAUGGACAACCAGUGGAUGCAAUGGCAACAAUUGUUCAUAAUCUGAAAGCGCAACGAAUUGGGCGUGAGCUUGUGGAGAGGCUGAAGAAAUUCAUUGACAGGCAAAUGUUCGAGAUAACAAUUCAAGCUGCCAUUGGAUCAAAGAUCAUUGCAAGGGAGACGAUUUCGGCCAUGAGAAAAAAUGUGUUGGCAAAGUGUUAUGGAGGGGAUGCGUCGAGGAAGAAAAAGUUGUUGGAAAAGCAAAAAGAAGGAAAGAAGAGGAUGAAACGAGUGGGCACUGUUGAUAUUCCUCAGGAGGCUUUUCAGGAAAUUCUCAAGGUUUCUUGAUGGAUUCCUUGAGAAAAGAAUGCUCAUUGAACUAUCAAUUCUUCCUUUUGUAACACAAUAAUGAAUUAGAGUAUCAAAGAAAUGUUUUCU